CAUAUGCUAUUACGUUACUGUACGUACCUGUCGUUAAUCAGAGGCACUCGUCAUAUUAUGGACAUGUGGUAAUUGGCUUUAUCAUUGGUCAGCCAAUUAGGAUCUAUCUUAAAACCGAUACAUUUGUUUUUUAUGCGCAAAACAAUUUAAGAAAAUGGAUUAUACAAAUUUUAUUAUUGGAAGGAAUUCAUAACUUUUUUUUGCAACUCAGGUUUAAAGCAACAUAAAGGUCAGCAUUGAAAUGGAUUCAAAUGGUAAAGGGAAGUAUUACAUUCCAGAGGACGGGGCAGCACAGGUGAAAUUUUCCAGGUCAAAACGAGAAGCCAGUAAACUUUGGUGUAAAGAGCGAACUGUCCUAGAGAGGAUAUUAUUUUGUGUAGUACUACUAUGUAUAGGAAUCAUUGGUAUUUUAUUAGUUCUACAUGCCAUUUCAUUACAGGAAAGACGGGUUGACGAAAAUCAGUUUUCCAUGAAUUUAUCUAGUCAAGACAAAAGUGAUAAAGAACAAGAAAAAAACGCAAAGAUAUGCAUGACAAGAGAUUGUGUGAAAGCAGCUGCACGAAUAUUACAAGGAAUGAACCCGUCAGCCAAUCCUUGUGAUGAUUUUUAUGAAUAUGCAUGUGGUAAUUGGAACAAAGUCAACAUCAUUCCCGAUGACAGGUCAAGCUAUAAUACGUUUGCUAAACUUUUAGAUGACCUCCAAGUUAUAGUGAAAGGACUUUUAGAGAGACCUGCAUUAUCAUCUGAAUGUGAAGCAGUUAAAAAGGCAAAGUAUUUAUACCACUCAUGUAUAAAUGAGACACUAAUUGACGAAAGGGGUAUUGAUCCAGCUUAUGACCUAUUAGAAGAGCUAGGUGGUUGGCCUGUAACGGAAAGAGAAGCCACGUGGUCAGAAGAAAAUUUUAAUCUUAUUGAUUUGAUGGUGAAGCUGAGAUUUUAUAAUAAUAAAAUUUUGGUAGACCAAUGGGUCAGUGCAGACGAUAAAAACUCAGAAGUCAAUGUAAUUCAGAUUGAUCAACCUGAUUUAGGAAUGCCCUCUCGGGAAUAUUACUUGAAAGGCUUAGACGAUCCUAUUGUCCAAAUGUAUCACCGAUUUGCUGUAAAUGUAGCGGUGAUGUUAGGUGCAAAUAAAACAGCGGCAGAAAUGGAAAUGAGGGAUAUGGUUCAACUUGAGGUCGAAUUAGCAAAUGUAACAGUUCCACAAGACAAAAGGCGAGACAGUGAACUGCUAUACAACAAAAUGAAUAUAAGUACAUUGCAACAAACUGUCCCUCGGUUUGAUUGGUUGAGAUACCUACAAGAAGUGUUUAAACCUGUCAACAAAACUAUAACCUCAGCAGAAGAAGUUGUCGUUUACGCACCAACAUAUUUGUCAGAUAUGGUAGACAUUGUCGACAAGGCCAGUAGCAGGACAUUAACAAAUUAUUUAAUAUGGCGGAUAAUGAUGUAUAGAAUAACUAAUCUACCAGCAAUGUAUAGAAAUGUUCAAAAGGAAUACCAAAAGACUAUGUAUGGUUCGGAACAAGAACUUUCGAGAUGGAGGGACUGUGUUAGUUAUGUAAACGACAAUAUUGGAAAUGCUGUUGGAAGAAUGUUUGUUGAUGAAUAUUUUGAUGAAGACGCUAAAGAAAUCGCAUUAGAUAUGAUUCAUGGCAUAAGAGCUGCUUUUGGUGAACUGCUGGAGGAAGCCGAGUGGAUGGAUGAUCCAACAAGAAAAGUAGCAAAGGAAAAGUCUGACGCCAUUGCUGAAAAGAUAGGAUAUCCAUCUUAUAUCGUAAACGAUACUGAAUUAGACGAUGCCUACAAAACAGUCACAUUUCAUCCAAACACCUAUUUCGAAAAUGUGUUGGCGAAUCUAAAAAGUGUGGCUAUCAACAAUUUAGAAAUUUUAAGAGAACCAGUCGAUAGAACAAGGUGGUCAACAACCCCAGUUGUUGUUAACGCAUUUUACAGCUCAACCAAGAACCAGAUAAUGUUCCCAGCAGGAAUAUUGCAGCCACCAUUUUAUGGAAAAGGAUAUCCAAAAUCACUAAAUUACGGCGGUAUUGGAAUGGUAAUUGGUCACGAGAUAACACAUGGAUUUGAUGACAGAGGGAGACAGUUUGAUAAAAACGGUAACCUUCAGCAAUGGUGGGACAAUGAUGUUAUCACAAGAUUUAAACACCAGGCACAGUGUAUUAUUGAUCAGUACAGUAAUUUCACACUGAAAGAUGUUGACAUGAAUCUGAAUGGUUUACAGACGCAAGGAGAAAACAUUGCAGAUAAUGGUGGAUUAAAGCAAGCUUAUAGAGCAUAUACAAACUGGUUAAAGACACUGCCAGAAGAUAAUCAUCAACCUCGCCUUCCCGGGUUAUCGGAAUUAAGUGAUCAUCAUUUGUUUUUCCUAAAUUUUGCACAGGUAUGGUGUGGGACAAUGAGACCUGAAGCAUCAGUGAACCGGAUAAGAACUGGAUUACACAGUCCGGGCAGAUUCAGGGUCAUUGGUACACUACAAAACUCAAAGGAAUUUUCAGAGAUUUUCAGCUGUCCAAAUAAUUCAUAUAUGAAUCCAUCGAAGAAAUGUCAUAUUUGGUAAUUGGUAAAAUAAUGAAGCAUGCAUAAUUAAGAAGCUCGGAGUUUCAAAUUAUGAAUAUGUGAUGAACCAAUAUACGCCAUGAGUAACAAUGAGAUUUAGAAGAAUUCAUAUUGGAAUUUUUCGGUCUGAGAAGUAACGGAAAUGACACAAAGGUCGUGUGGUUUUCCUAUAGGGGAGUUAUGUGUGCCUGAGUGGACACUUUGUGUAAAUAUUAAGAUAAUACAAGAAUCUAUAUGUCAUUACAUUAUUUGUUCUUAUACCAGAUUGACAUACUAAUAUGACUAUGGUGGAUCGUAAUUACAUGUGGUUCAUUGAAUAAUACAUGUGAUACAUUAUUUUGAAAAUUACUUUCCAAGGAGAAGUGUACAUCAAAACUUAAAAUAUAGAUAAUUGACAAUGUAAGGUGUUUUGCUUACAAGAUGCCAACCUUUAAAUAUAGAUAAUGAACUAUGUAAGAUGUUAUAUGUACGAGAUGUCAACACUAUGUUGUAUUUUUUAAUUAAAUGUCUAAUUUCAUUAUAAAUUUGAAUAUAAAUCAUUGUACUGUCAUACUGAUAGCACACAAGUUUGGUUUUUUUUGUAUAAAAUUUGUUUUGUAUGUCUGUAUUGCAUUAAUUCUUGUUCUAUGACCAAUUCGCGGUUUCAGAAUCUAAUGCAUUCUGGGUAAUAUUUUCAAAAGUGUACACCAAAACGUCGGUAUUUGUUGAAAUGUCAUAAACAAUGUAUAUUCAACCAAUGACGUGACGUUAUUUUCAUUUCGGGUAACGAACAAUGAAACUACCCAUGAUUCUUUAGAUUCUGAAACGGCCAAUUUCAAUCAUAUCAUCAUUUUUCUAUUCACCCCGCUGUACAUUAAUCUGAUGGAUUAGAGUUUGUUUCUAUUAUCAUAUCUUUAUAAUUACUGGUAGAUAUAUCUCAGGUUUUUCAAUGAGUGUUAUACAUUUUAUUAUAUACUGUAGACAUGAGAAUGGUAAAAUUAUGAUUGUGAAAGUUGUUUUAUAAAUAACUUCCUAACAAACUUAAAAUACGGUAACCUUUAUUUGUUAAUUUCUGUGUCAUUUGGUCUCUAGUGCUAGUUCUAUCAUCGGCAACCAUACCUGUCCACAUCUUCUUUUUUGUAGUAUUUGAUGAAAAUUGAAUUAGUUAUAACUAUGAUUCUGUUUACUUCCUCGUUAACAAUCUAGUUUCAUCGUGUUAACACAGAAUUGAUUGAUAAUUAGUGGUAAAUAACAGAAUUAUUUAAAUCAUGCGAACACAAAAAUGGAUGUUGUUGUUCAUCGAGUUGUGAACAAAGUAAUUUUUCGCGUAUAUAAACCUAGACCCUAGAAAUAUAAUUUUAACUUUCCAUUUAUACGUUAAGUGUGCAUUUCACUAAGUGGGGACUAAUUUUUGUUGGAUAGCAAUUUAUAACAUUUAUUUACAAAGAAUUAUUAUUUUGUGACUAAGACCUUCUUUACUCUUUAUAUGGAUUUUAAAAUGUGUUUGCAUAUAUACCUGUUUACUAAAGAACAGUCACGUAGUACUUUCGACAUUGAAGGUAAGAUUUUGUUUCAAUACUUUUUUUAUUAUUUUUGUACAUUGAGUAAGUAAUCCCCAAACAAAGUUAUGACAUGUGUAUAUAAACUCAUUGUAGAUACCAGGAUUAAAAGUUUAUUUAUACGCCAGACGUGCAUUUCGUCUACAAAAGACUCAUCAGUGACGCUCGAAUCAAAUCAUGUAUAAAAGACCAUAUAAAGUACGAAGUUGAAGAGCGUUGAGGACCAAAAAUUGCUACAAGUUUUUCCAAAUACGGUUAAGGUAAUUUAUUUCUGUUCAUUUCAAACUUUUUUCCGCAUAAGAAUCUUCUAUCCAUCUUGUACACACUCUUUUCAUGUGGUCGAAUAGUAAUUUACUAAAGCCGUAUGCAAAAUUAUUAAGUACAAAGUUAACGAUUUUACUUUUUAAAUUGAUGUGAUUAAUGAUACUUUAUGAUUAAAAAUAAAAAUUGAUCAUGUAUAUAGUACUCUUGUACCAUAAAAUGCUACAUUAAAUCUGUAUUUAAGGAUUAUUGUGUCAUUCCACUUUUCCGAAUUUCUGGGGAUAUGACAAGCAGUUUGUGUUAAAAAAUAAUAAUAAUUUAAAGCGUAUUUUUUUCGAUAGCAUAUACCAUAUAGUAUAACGUCUUGUCGACAUAUUGAGAAAUAAAAAAGCCAGGUAAGAAUUAAAAGUGGCGGAAGAAAACAAAUACAAAUUUAAACAAAAUCAAAUCUCUUUCCACUUUUUCUAAAAGUUAAAAGAAAAGAAUCCGUGUGAAGAAAGGUUCAAAUAGAACUGGAAAUGAAAUCUUAACUACAGAAGAAUCUAGUUAUCUCCCUUAUAUUUAUGUUAACAACAUGUUGCAAUCAGCGUAAACUAAGUUAUUAAUUGACACCAAAAUUGACAUUUAAACCGGAACUGGCUGGUUUUCUAUCGACACUUGUGCAUUUAAGGUGGUAAAACCUUCAUUUAUCAGAGAACAUUUUUUGUAUUGUAUUGUAUUUCGUUUGUACAUACUUAAAUGCAUUUUCAUAAUUAUGUAUUUAAUUAUUUUUUUCUAGAUACCCUUUCAUAUAUUGACACCAAUAAAAAUUUCAACUA